UGGUAACUGCUGAUGUCUUCUUAAACAGCAAAAAUAUUCUGUUUUUUUUUUUCCACACAAACUUCUGGGAUAUGAAAUAUGUAUAUAUUAUGCGUGUGUUACUUUCUAUAUAUCAUCUUGUAUCUACUCUUUAUUUUAUGUAUUUAGAAUUUAUUGGAACCGGAGACAAAGUUCCAGAAAACUGGCCAUGGGAGGGAGAGACGAAGAAGCAGAAGGUGUAGGGGAGGCGACGAUUCCUCUGCUAAGGGAUCAGCAUGAUGAAGCGGAGGAAGACGGAGAUAUAGUGGUGGAGACGAAGAAGCUAUGGCGUAUCGUUGGACCAGCCAUAUUCACCAGAAUCACGACCUACUUGAUCCUUAUCAUCACUCAGGCCUUUGCCGGCCACCUCGGCGAGCUUGAACUCGCCGCCAUCUCCAUCGUCAGCAACGUCGUCAUCGUCGGCUACAACUUCGGCCUCCUGCUUGGAAUGGCGAGUGCGUUGGAAACAUUGUGUGGUCAAGCAUUUGGAGCUAAAAAAUAUGACAUGUUAGGAGUGUAUUUGCAGCGAUCUUGGAUUGUUCUCUUCUUAUGUUCCAUCUUGCUACUCCCUAUGUACUUCUUUGCUACUCCGAUUCUUAAGUACUUUGGCCAGCCUGAUGACAUAGCCGAGCUCUCCGGUACUGUAGCCCUUUGGGUUAUUCCUAUCCAUUUCGCAUUUGCCUUCUUCUUCCCUCUCAACCGGUUCCUCCAAUGCCAGCUUAAGAAUAUGGUGAUUGCAAUUUUGGCUGGAGGGGCACUUGUAGUUCACAUAUUCGUGUGCUGGCUUUUUGUAUACGGUCUUAAACUUGGAGUCAUAGGGACCAUGGCAACUGUUAACGUGUCUUGGUGUCUCAAUGUCUUCGUCUUAUUUACUUACGCUACUUGCGGCGGUUGUCCACUGAUCACUUGGACUGGUUUCUCCAUCGAAGCCUUCACCGGGCUUUGGAAAUUUGCUAAGCUCUCUGCCUCCUCUGGUAUUAUGCUUUGCUUGGAGAAUUGGUAUUAUAAGAUUCUAAUAAUGAUGACUGGAAAUCUGAAGGAUGCAAAAAUUGCUAUCGACUCUUUGUCUAUAUGCAUGUCAAUAAAUGGUUUGGAGAUGAUGAUACCACUUGCUUUCUUUGCCGGGACUGGCGUGAGAGUGGCGAAUGAGUUAGGAGCAGGCAAUGGAAGAGGAGCAAGAUUUGCAAUGAUCGUAUCAGUGACAGACUCGUUAAUCAUCGGAAUAGUAUUUUCGAUGCUUAUAGUAUUUCUUCAUGAUCAAAUCGGGUGGAUCUUCUCUUCAAGUGACACUAUCAUAAAAGCAGUUAAUGACCUUUCUAUUCUUCUAGCCUUUACUAUUCUUCUCAACAGUAUCCAACCGGUUCUUUCUGGUGUUGCCGUUGGUUCGGGUUGGCAAUCAUUCGUGGCAUAUAUAAAUUUGGGAUGCUAUUAUUUCAUCGGACUUCCACUUGGAUUUGUCAUGGGCUGGAUUUUCAAGUAUGGUGUCAAGGGCAUUUGGGCUGGUAUGAUAUUCGGAGGAACCGGGGUUCAAACACUGAUACUGAUUUUUAUUGUUAUGAGAUGUGACUGGGAAAAAGAGGCACAAAAAGCAACUGUGCACGUUAAGAAAUGGUCUGUCUCAAACUCAAGAAACUGA